AUGCAGAGCAACGGCGCGGAAAGCGGAAGUGAGAAUGGAGUAGACAGAACCGGCUGGACUGUUGGUCUUAUAAAUGGGAAAUUUAAAUAUUUAACUGCCGAGACAUUUGGUUUUAAAAUAAACGCAAAUGGUUCAAGUCUUAAGAAGAAGCAGUUAUGGACACUUGAAGGAAGUGAACAUCAGGUUUUCCUUCGUUCUCACUUAGACCGUUAUCUUGCUGUUGAUCAAUUUGGUAAUGUCACUUGUGAGGCUGAGGAUACAUCUGAUCCUGGAUGCGCUUUUCAAAUUCAACUGGCUUCAGAUGGAAGUGGUAGAUGGGCCUUGAAAAAUAUACAACGUGGAUACUUUUUAGGCUCAAGUUUAGAUGAGCUUAAAUGCCAAGCAAAAGCUCCCGGUGAAGCUGAGUACUGGCUUGUUCAUCUUGCUGCAAGACCUCAGGUGAAUCUUCGAUCUGCUGGUCGUAAACGUUUCGCUCACUUGAGUGCGUCGCAAGAUGAAAUCCAUGUAGACGCUCCGGUACCCUGGGGUGAAGAUACUCUUUUCACUUUAGAAUUCCGGCCAGCUGCAAAUCCUGAUAACGAUGUAGUUGGCCGUGGUAAAUCUGAAGGUGGUCACUAUGCACUUCACACUUGCAACAAUAAAUAUCUUGCACGUGAUGGAAAGUUACUAGAUACUUGUACGCGUGACUGUCUUUAUGCGGCUGAAUUUCAUGCUGGUUUACUUGCUCUGAGAGACAUUAAUGGAGCGUAUUUGGCACCAAUUGGUAGUAAAGCUGUUUUGAAAUCACGUUCAACCACCGUAACACGUGAUGAAUUAUUUUCUCUUGAAGAAUCUUUGCCUCAAGCUUCUUUUGUUGCUGCAUUGAAUCAGCGUUACGUAUCUGUUAAACAAGGUGUAGACGUUACGGCAAAUCAAGAUGAAAUAUCAGGACAUGAAACUUUCCAAUUAGAGUUUGAUCGUGUGACAAAACGGUGGUACGUAAGAACAAUGCAAGACCGUUAUUGGACUCUGGAAGCUGGUGGCGGUAUUCAAGCAUCUGAUCACAAACGUUCAUCAAAUGCAUUAUUUGAUUUGGUCUGGCAAGACGAUGGUACUGUUGCAUUACGUGCAAACAAUGGAAAAUUCCUCGCCACUAAACGAUCAGGACAUCUUUAUGCAAACUCUGAUUCACCAGACGGAAGUGAUUCUGAUGCUUCGAAAUAUUACUUUUAUCUGAUGAACAGACCAAUUCUUGUAUUACGAUGCGAACAAGGUUUUGUGGGGCCAAAAAGUGCUGCCAGUCCUAAACUAGAAUGUAAUAAAGCUGGAUAUGAAACUAUUCGCGUUGAACGCUGUGAGCGUGGUAUUGUUCGAUUCAAAGGACAAAAUGGUAAAUAUUGGCAUGCAGAUAGUGAAGGUGUUACUGUAGAUGCUGAUCAACCGUCCGAAGGAUUUCAUUUGGAAUUACGUGAACCGUCUCGUCUUUGUAUUAAAUGCACAGAUGGUAGAUACUUAGCUGCGGGUAAAAAUGGAGCAUUACGUCUAGGUGAAACUGAUCACAAGUCCGCUACAAAAUGGGAGUUUUAA